AAGUGGAGCCAUGGAAUCCAGAUGUGGCUGAAACUGAACUUCAGUGAUGACUCGAGUUCACUUUUGCGAGUGGAUUUGUCAUGCUAGCGUGUGUCCAUGUAAUAGAUAGAUGGAGUUUGAGUAACCUCCCUCGGUUGCGGUGAUGUUGUGAGUCUGUGUGUGUUGACUCACUGGAUAAUGACUUCAUAGGUCUUCACGCGCAUGAGAGGAGGGCGGGAGUUUCCGUAUUUGAGCAACGGUUGUAGGUGUCCCGUUUUGUUAUUUUGGCCCAAUGUCUCUCUGCGAGGACGGCUGUUCAGAUGGACUCCUCCACCUUCCUCUACGAUGUCCCCCCGCUUCUCCUGGAGAGCUUCUGUCGGAUCAUGGACAGCGGGAGCGACGGUCUGGGAUGGCGCGGACUAGCUGUCCGAAUCGCCCCCAGCUUCUUAGAAGUCCGCAUGUUGGAGCGCUUGGAGGCAGCAGGUCGGAGUCCCACCUGGGAGCUGCUGUGGUCCUGGGCCCAGCAGAAUUCAAGAGUGCGGGACCUGCUCAAGGUGCUGCAGGACAUGGGCCACCACAGGGCCCUGCAGCUCUUCCAGAGUCCAGCUCAAGGCCAGUUGCAAACGAUUCAAGAGUCACAGUCACCCCCCAAGCAUCAACACACAGAGCGUGAAACUAAAGUGAAUAAGAAUAAGGAAUCCCCCCAAGAAGAGGAGCUUUCUUCGAGUCCUGUGUCCACCGGAGAAAACCAGCCAUCCGUUAUCACCUUCCAAGACAUCAGGGAUGGAACCCGAGGUUUCCACCAUGAAAUGAGAAUUGCAGAGGGACAUUUUUCUGAUAUCUACAGAGCAUGGAUAGGAAAUAAAACCUUUGCAGUCAAGCUUUUUAAACAGGUCAAUAAUGUGUCCUGGAAGAAGCUGUGGGAUAUCUUCACUAAAGAAAUGGAAGUUCAUCAUUUAUAUCAACAUCCGAACAUCGCAGACUUGUUGGGCUGUUUUUCUGACGAGGGCCACUACUGUCUGCUCUAUCCUUACCUCCCCACUGGAUCGCUUUCCCACAGACUACACCAUCAGGACGGAGAGCAUCCUCUGACUUGGCAGGAGCGUCUCACAAUCAUCAAGGGAGUUGCGAAAGCUUUGCAUCACCUCCAUACGGCCCAGCCCUGCCCAGUGAUCUGUGGCAACAUCUCCAGUGCUAACAUACUGUUGGACGACGCCCUGCAGCCCAAGCUGUCUAACUUUGGGUUGGCUCGUCUACGUCCUCAUUCAGCCAAUCAGAACUGCACCAUCACUCUCGACACGAGUUUCCACAGCAACCUGGGAUACCUCCCUGAGGAGUACAUCCGAGAUGGCAAGCUUUCCUUCAGCCUGGACGUCUACAGCUUUGGAAUGGUGAUAAUGGAAACAGUAACAGGACGGAAGGUCAUAGAGGAUGGACCUAAACAAACACUGCUGAGGAAUUUGCUCGUCUCUGAGGUGGAGGACAGCGGUGGUGUGGACUCUUGUCUGCAGUUUUUGGACAAGGCGGCCGGUCGGUGGCCGACCGCCUUGGCCCUCAGCCUACUGACUCUGGCCUUGGACUGCACUGCGAGCCGCCACCGCCACAGACCGAGCAUGGAGAAUGUACUUCGGACACUGAGCCAGCUGCUUCCUCCGCCCACGUGCCCGCUUGUAGAUCAACCUCACAGCCUGGAUGAUGGGGCCGCUGUGAAUGCCCAGCAGAGCCCCUCAUCCUCCUCCCUCCCUGUGGAGCACGAUGAGCAGCACAGCCUCCCUGGGGCUCCAGGACAGGCAGGGCCCUGUGAGUGCAGCCAGUCGGAGGUGACGUACCUGAGUGACAGCGUGGGAUCUCGGGUUGAGGCAGCGGUGGACCUGUACGGCAGCUGGCCUGUACAGUGCAGCUGCCCGGCCGAGCCCGGUGGUCUGGCCUGCGAGGACUGCAGGGCCAACGGGUACACGCCCUACCACACAGAGAGUCCUCAGACUGACCUCAGUGUGGUGGAGAACGAAGCCAAGGAGAGGCUGAGGAACAAACUGAGUCUUUAUGACAGAGGGCUGAUUCACACAGAGGAACUGUUCUCUGAGGCAGGACUGCAGUAAACAGCAGGGUCCCUCAGCUCUGGGGCCCACUGAAGUUUUUAACAUUGUGACAGGACAGCACAAAUCUACACAACUCCUCGCACCACACUGUGACACCUGACUAUGUUUUCAUUCAGAUGGUUAUUACUGAAGCUUAAAAUAAUACAAACAGUGUUUUCCAUCGUUCACAUUUCCACACUGUUGUACAGUUAGUCAGUGCUAGUGAAUGAUUACUGACAUUGUCACCUGUAACUGAUCUGAUGGCUUGAUCUGAAGUCCCACCAACUAAUCAUAGUGAAACUGUUUCUCUGCUAAGGUUUCAGUGAGACCUCCUCCCUGGUUGAUCUCUGUGACAAACACAGGAAGUGGAGUGAAAUAAACAAAAACACUAGCAGAGUAACAAAAUGGAUUUUAAUGUAUUUAGUUGAUAAAGCUUUUUAUUUCUUUUACAAACCAGUUACAUGAACUCAUCCUGUUUUAUUUUGUUACAUUUGCACAUUUUGAUCUGUACAGUUACAGACAGUGUCGAGAAUGAACAGUGUGGGAAUUAUUAACAAUUCAAUACAGGUGUUUGAACAGAAAGACCUGACACUGUCUGGGCCCAACACAUUAUUGUUUUCAUUACUAUUAUUAUGAUUGUCAGUGUAUUUGUCGUGGAUAAAGUGUUAGCAUUAGUAGAUAUUUAUUUAUUUCUUUGUGUACUUUUAUCUCCUCCAUAUUUAU